UCACUCGUGGAAUCCUGAGUCGUGUCAGUGCUCCGGCGGACGUGAUCGCGCGCGCGAGUGUGUCGUUUAGUAGCGUGGCUUUUAAUCGCUGAGAAACAACGCGUGCUUCCGGUGCGGUGAAUACUCUAAUCGCGGUGCACCGACGAAGAAGCUGAUCCACGGAAUUCGAAAAAUUCCGAGAAUCGGUUCUCGGUUCGACGACACGCGGAGAUCUCCCAGAAAUUGAACCGUCUCGAUCUUCGAGCUCCUUCGAUUUCGGAGCGACUGACGACGAUCCAGGCAUUCCUCGAGUUUUCCAAGCACCGACGUCGCUGUCUGCGGUGCGGCGUUCUGCUAGAAAUUCGGGCUGCUACCUGCGAGAAAAUAAUCAACGGCCUUGCACCUGGCACUCUUCGACCUUGACAGGUUUUACUGCGGAAUUUCGCGUCGAGUAACCAUCGGUCCAUCGAGCGAUUUACGACCAACCCAGGGGAUCUAAAAUCUCCAACUCUCGUCCCAAGUGGUUAAUCCCUAUCGUCUUCCGCUAUCCAUCGGACGCUCGAUCAUUCGGAACACUGCGCUCUCUUGAAACCUCCACGUGUUCGCUGGCUGGGGAAUCCCUGUCGUCGCUGGCGAGCCUGAGAUCGACUUCCACGCUGGUGCAUUCGGAACUGCAUGCAGCGCUUGGCGGGUCCUCGAUGUGCGUUCGGUGAACGAGUUACUCGCGCUGCGUUGACAAAAAGCUCGCUCGACGGAGCCGCGAUGCGUAGCUGAGGGUCCGUGAAAAUCGUGGAAAUAUUCGAGAGAGCCCUCGUAUCUGGGGUGUGCGUGCUGUGAGAGUGUCGACGUUUCGAUAACUGUGCUACGCGGAGUGAAAACGCGCCGGUGGAUGGUAUUAUAAUUGGCAGUGGUGGAGGCUGAUGCAGUCGGUGCGUUUAAUUAAAGUCCUCGUCUGAUACGGAGCGUCGCGAAGACCUCGAAGACCUGCGAUGGGAGGAAUCAGCGGAUAGAAGAGCGACGCGAUAUUUGGUUACGUCAAGCUGCUGGUAAUUUCGAGGCUUAACCAGACACAGCGCCGAUGAGAUCGAACCAGCAGGACGCGAGCUGAAAACGGACGACAGCCGUCAUUGAAGGCUACUUAAAACGACCGUAGUGCACUCGUCACUGGUGCUCGAAUUAUCACCAACAGGUGGCUUCCAACCCAAUGAACGAUCACCCACGAGCCUCUCUACCGUCGUAACGUCCUAGCACGAGUCCACGAGACGUCGCUGAUCGCUCCACCGGCCAAUCGAGCCCAACGCCCUACGAGUCACCCGUGGAACUCGUUAAAACAAAACGAAAACGGCGUUUCUCGCUUGUGAAUCCGGCUCCGCCGAUACGAGCGCAACGUCCGCGACUCCAAGCGGCUUGUGGGAGUGCGGCAAGUGCCCGGACGACAUGAGGCUGAUGCAAAGGCUGGCGGUCAGCGGGCUGCUGUCCGUUAUACUGAUCGUUCUACUCACGGGGACGUUCGUGACCCGUCGUGACCUGGCGAACGUCGUGGAGCGCGGCGUGGCGCCUGAAGAGCGCAACGAGCCGUUGAACCCGGCCUGGGUCCAAAACAACGCGAUCCCUGGCCAGGACGAGCCCAAACCCGAGGACAAGGAUCGACGAGUGGACUCGAAGCAUAGACAGUCCGAGCCCUCGGCGGUUGGACCCCCGCCGAUACCCGUUCCUGGGCCCUACGUCAUUAAACCGCCUAAUCCACCCCUGGACGACGUGACUAAUCAACGCCGCGAGAAGAUCAAAGAGAUGAUGAAACAUGGCUGGGACAAUUACGUGAGGUACGCCUGGGGAAAGAACGAGCUCAGGCCUAUCUCGAAGAGGGGUCACAGUGCUAGCAUCUUCGGUGCUUCGAACAUGGGUGCCACCAUCGUUGACGGUCUCGACACCCUUUACAUCAUGGGCCUCCACGACGAGUUCAAGCAGGGCCGCGACUGGAUCGCCGAGAACCUCGACUUUGAUAUCAACUCCGAGAUAUCUCUGUUCGAGACAAACAUUCGUUUCAUGGGAAGCCUGCUGGCCUGUUACGCCCUCACCGGGGACGUGAUGUUCCGGGAUAAGGCGGCUCAGCUUGGCGAACGGAUGUUGCCCGCUUUCCAGACGGAAACCGGAAUUCCUCAUUCCCUCAUCAAUCUCCAUACCGGGGUUAGUAAGAAUUAUGGAUGGGCGAGCAGCGGGUGCAGCAUACUAUCCGAAAUUGGCACGAUGCAUUUAGAAUUCACCUACCUCAGCGACAUCACUGGCAAUCCUGUCUUCAAGAGCAGGGUCGAGAACGUCAGGAAAGUGUUGAAGAACCUAGAGAAACCGAAAGGACUCUAUCCGAAUUAUAUUCAUCCUAGGACUGGAAAAUGGGGACAACAUCACAUGUCGCUGGGAGGACUCGGCGACAGCUUUUACGAGUACCUGCUGAAAGCUUGGAUUCAGUCUGGCAAAGAGGACGUCGAGGCACGUCAGAUGUACGACGAAGCGAUCGCGGCGAUAGAUCAACACAUGAUUCAGACGUCACCUGGCAAACUCCUCUACGUGUCCGAUCUGAAGUACGACAGGCUGGACCAUAAAAUGGGUCAUCUGGCGUGUUUCGCUGGCGGGAUGUUCGCACUGGGCGCCAAAACUAUGGAAAACGAAAUGUCUGAAAGAUACAUGUCUAUAGCCGCCGGUUUGACUAACACAUGCCACGAAUCCUACGAUCGAAGUUUCACCAAACUGGGCCCUGAAGCUUUCCACUUCAUCGAGGGCAACGAAGCGAAGAGCUUGAAGAACGGCGAGAAAUACUACAUCCUCCGACCGGAAACGUUUGAAUCGUACUUCGUGAUGUGGCGACUGACAAAGGACCCGAAAUACCGCGAGUGGGGUUGGGAGGCGGUCCAAGCGUUGGAGAAAUACUGUCGCGUUCCAGGAGGCUUCACCGGACUCCACAACGUUUACGUGAUUGAUCCCCCACAGGACGACGUUCAGCAAAGCUACUUCUUCGCCGAGACUCUCAAGUACCUCUACCUGCUGUUCAGCGACGACGACUUGAUAAACUUGGACGACUGGGUGUUCAACUCCGAGGCCCACGUGCUCCCCAUCAGAGGCAACCCUCUCUACCGGCCGUCCCCAACUUUAUAAUUCCUACAAAGCCUCAUGGUUCGUUAAAGCAACGCGCGAAAGGAGAUCGAACUCGAGAAACAGAAACAGGAGCAACCAAAAAAAAAAGAAAAAAAAAUAGUCUGGCAUAAACGAACAGAUGGAAAGAAACGAAAUAGGAAUUGGGCACGUGGGAGGAUACACGAGUGGCCACUCGAGGUCGAGAAGAGUCAGAAAACACACCGUCUACGGACCAUAGAAGAACAAUAGUGGAACAGCAACACGUGACAGAUGGGAGAAGCGGAAACGAGAGCACGAGGACUCGUCUAGGAGCGUUGAACGAUCGAGGCCGCGCAGUUGGCGCAGUUAAAUAAUUAUUUUAGGUAAAACGAGGUAGUAGGAGGCGUGGGUAACGGGCGUUAUGCGGCAAGGGAACAUCGCGAACAGAGAUAUCGAUGGGACUUCUCGCAAAUGUUUGUUAAUAUUGUCCGAAAACCACGGUGUAUUCGUUGGUGACACUUUUUUAUUUCAAGGGAGGAAUCACCCUUUACAUCAGAGCCACUCUUUCUAUUCGUUUCGUUGGCUGUAUUCUUAAUUUAUAAAUGAUAUCGAAUUAUGUAUCAGAUAAAAAAGGGUUUAUUGUUCCUGGGAGCUAGAAGAUGUAAACACAGAAAGAACAAAAAUUAAAUUUUCUAGUGGUUUCCAAGCCAUCAGAAACGGGACAAUUUUUAUUUGGAACAUGUUCGAAUACAUUCUAUAAUCUGAGAAGAAUGGUGAAUCUCUUCGAGGUGCGAUAUAACCAACUCGAAGACAUUUGCCAUAAGCAUGCACGAAAUAAAUAAAUGCGUGAUGUAAGCCUGAUACAAAACCUUCUGAUUCUCACUCGAAAUCGAAAAGCAUCGCCAAUGAGAUAAAAGCACGAUUAUUAAAUUGCUUAAAUAAACGUUUGUGCGAAUUUCCGUAAAAAUUGGCGUCCAGACGCGAUGUUCCUUUGUCAGCGACACACGCGUACGUUUGUAAAUAGCGAAAAAAGAGCGCAUGCGUGAGAAUAUAUAAAAUAGAGAAACCGGACGUACGAAUACACGCGAGAAUGGACUUGAAUGGAGAGUGUGAACAUUUACUCUUCGCCCCAAGCGCGGGUGCUUUUCGCCCAUUUCUUUUUUCGCCUGCGACACGAAACGGUUCCACCCGGACAGAACCCAUUCGGAGGGAAUUAGAACGUUUGGUCAGAUUUAUCGGUGAUUACGGCGUGUUUCUCUUUUUCUUCUUUCUUCCGUUCGAGCUCGAACAAAAAAAAAAAAAAAUAACGAUGAACCUCCCUUCGAAAGGAACGGAGAGACAAAUUGUCGCGCGUGUAACGACAAUGGUGAAUAAUGGUAGCAACAAUCGGUCCUAGAGAUAUUCUGCGGAGAGCGCUUAGGUAUGAACCAUUCGUUAUGGGAGUUGUGUGAGUCUAUUAAAAGUAAAAUGGAGUUUUUUACGAAAAGUGCAGUGCAGUAGGAACGCGAUGCAUUUGUCUGUGAAGUUGUUUUUCAAGUAAUUGUGAGCCAUAUCACCCAAUUGGCGGAGAAAGUGAGAAAAAGAAUGUUACACCUCUAGACUUGAUAGAAAAACAUGAAUCAUGAUUUCAAGAAUUUUGAUCGCAGUGAUGGUAAUAAAAAAAAAACAUACGUAUUUGAAUGAAUUAACAGUGAAUCAAAUAUAGAAAUUAAAUAACAGUAUAUUGUUAAUAUUCUCCUGGCUGGAGAAAUUUUACAUAUUUCCAAACAGAGAUAAUAUGAGCUCACACCACUUCCUUAAUGAACAACUCUGUGGCGUACAAUGAUAAAAAAGAAGUCCUCAAAAAAAAAAAAAAAAAAAAAAUAGAUUGGUCAUUAGAGUUACUGGUCCGAUGACUGAUCGAAAUUGUCAACCGUCGACACCGCCACUUUUCGAACUCAACCGAGACGGACCUGUCCGCGGCUUUUUCUAACAUUUUCUACUUUUGAAUAACAACACUGCGUCUCGACGAUCUCGGUGGCAGAAAUCGCCAGAUCGGAUCGAUACGUCGCGCUCUGUGUUCAGCGCGACGAGUUACUUUUUUCUAUUUAGCGACCAGGUAAACCAAUAGAGUCGUGGAAUUGUUCAUUAGCGUCGACUCGCUUAGAAUUGUUGAAAUUAAUUAAUGUAUCGUGAAGGGUGACUCUCUGUUGUCGAUAUUUGAUCAUGCGGAACGAUGAGAUUUAUUAUUUUUAUUAAUUAUUAAUACAAACUCUCAAUUGUACAGGGUGGACUAUUUAGGUAGAAACAUUUUUAAACACCUUUCCCUAAUAUGUCUAUGUACAUGAAACAACGCGAGAGGUGUAUUUUCAUCUAAAAUAAAUAACUGCGAUUACAGUCAUAAAAACAUCAAUGGAUAAAAAUAUCUUUCGCCCAAAAAUCUUAUUCGCAUUCGACAUAAUUCAUGAUAGCGUUCAAUCAAAAGUCAAGACAAUCAUAAUUUUAAUCAUAUUGAAACACCGUACCAAUUUCUUUUAAAUAAACUGAAAGAUUUCAAUGAACCAGACUGCAAUAAAAUAGCUACUUUCUGUACAUCUAUCUUUAUAAUUUCCUGAAACAAACAUACGCAGACAUUUGUAAACUGACCUGAUAAAUAUCGGUAUCAAGUGCAGUCAAAGGCUUGCUCAAGCUUGCGCCAAAUCGUAUCGAUCGCUCGAGUCAGUCCUCGCUGUCGAAUUAAAUUUGAUAUUCCGAUGCGUGUGUAACGAAUCGAGUGUAAGGAUAAUAGCAAUAACGCAGUUCAUCGUGAGAAAAUAGAGCAGAGACUUGCCCUUCGUGGAAGCCGAUUCGCGAUCACCGUUGCAUCGAUUCUCGCGUUCGAAGGGCCUUCCUGCGUGCAGUCCAAACUCAACUGGCCGUUCAAGGUCACCAGCGAGCGCUCCCCACCACGUUUCACUAUCCCCACCACUCCAUUUCUCUUCUCUGCGCAUAGACUAUGCAUCUCUGCGCGUAUCCCCUGCCACUGGAGCGGGGCGACAGUGCGCGUGACGUAAAAGUGGGGGUGGGUCGCGGUUUAAGCUCAAAAAACCGACUCAUGCGAGCAGUUUCGACUGCACCACGGGUCUAGAAAGGCUUUCGACCUUCGAGCGGCCCGCUCUGUCCGCCAUGGUAACGAAACUAACCCUUUGCACUCCGAGAAUGAGUUGAGAAGGUGUUCUUUAACUUCUCACCUUUAAUUAUAAUUUUAUAAAAUUCAAAUAUAAUUAUAACUUGAUUUUAUUCACCUAUUUCGUUCGUAAGGUUGGUGUUAUCAUAAGUGAACGACACGUGAACGACAGUGUUUACAAACGAUGGUUUGAAGUGUUUUAGUUCUUUUCGUGAUGCGUGCAUUUUGAUAUUUUUUAUCUAAACUAUACAGGAUAUAUUUUUAAAGACUCGUGUUUCCAUUAAUUUUAAAGUAGCAGGCGAGGGUAAGCCCUUUAUACUUUAAUUAUCGCCAGUACAAUAAAAAAUACCUAAUCGUUAUUAUUAACAGUCUGAAUUAUAAAUUUAAUUUAAUUUCUCGUUGAACAAAUAGAAGCUUUCCUCAGCAUCCGUAUCCAAGCGAAUAAAUGCUGCGAAUUCAUAUCUAUUAACAAUUUUUAUUCGUCAUUUGGCCUUUCAAUGAAGUUCCGACCAUCUCUGUUACAUUUUCGCGGAUUGCUAAGGGUUAACGCGCAUCCUUUAAUCAGAAGUUUCCCGUGCGAGUGUGCAUGCCGAAUAUUUUCCGUUUUGCGUGUGCUGAACGAAUGGGGCGAGCUGUGACUCGUGUCGACGAGGGGGGGAAAGCGAAAACAGCGCGAGCCAGUCGCGUCGUAGUUAGUAAACGACAUUAGCAGCCGAUAAACUAGCGUGUAUAUAAAGAUUUAAAAGAAAAAAAGAAAGUCAUAUUCUAUACGAGGUACGGAGGCGUAGAGAGCAGAGUUAUAGCGGUACUGGUGUAAUUGUAUAGGCUUUGCAACGAACGCGCGCGAGAACAAGUGUGAGCAAGUGUGACCGCGUGUCUGUUGCGAGUGUGAGACGUUGUAAAUUUGAGCGACAAACGCGCAUUCGUCGGACAUGAUUCGUUUGAGUCUGAUGCAUAUUUGCGAGGCUGCGCUCCAUUGCGAGAAAGGAUUUGUUCAAAGAAGAUCAAGGGACAAAACGAGCGCUCUUAGUUCUCCGCCAUUUGUUCCGUUCAGUAGCAAAUACCGAAUAUAAAUAAUUGAAGCGUCUUAAUUAAGGAGUUCUAGAAGAAAUUUCAAAUAAUAUGUGUGAUUUUCAUUAAACAAUUAAAAUAAUUUAACUAUAGAAUUUGAUCCCUGUUCUAUGGAAGGUUUGUUCCUCGAAUGUUGUAUAAAUUAAUAAUUCGUUCAGUAAAGUCGUGAAACUAUAGUAAACAAGAGAAAAUUUGAAAAGCUUAUAAUUAUUCCAUAAUAAAAAUUAAAUCAAUUUUCCUGGACUCGAAUCACAAAAAACUAUUUUUCCAAAUUCCUCGAAUCGGUGAAUUCAAUGCCAAACUCCAUAUUUCUGUCCCCGUAUUUGGAAAGUAGAUGUCCCUUUCGACGAAGUUCAAUGCAACGACCUAAAACGCGAUAUCGAAAAUAAUAUCGAAGAAUAAUAAGCGUCCGUGAAUGAUUUAUUUGGAACUUGACGAUCGUUUCUCGCAAUGGCACGCAGCAAGCGAGGCGGGGAACGUCGAAGACGAGGAUUUCCCGCGUCCAUUUCCCAAACAAUCAGUAAGCAUCGUACUCGUCGAUGAUUAAGACGGCCAGAAAGUUACUUAAUAUAUUAUACAUAAUAUACAUCACCUCUUGCCUUUCGUUCCUCGAUUUCCGAACGAAAACAUCACUUUCGAGCGUUCAUCUCGGAACAGAAGCAAGGCAUAAACAUACACACAGGAACAUAUGUAUUUGCGUAAAUCUUUUGUACUCGAUGGGGAAACGAAGUACUUGGAACUCAGAAGCUUCGUUACGCGAAAAAAUUCGCGAAUCUCGAUGAAAAAUCCAUCUUCUUCUUCUUCUCUCUUUUUUUUCCAAGCGCUUUGUUUAUCCAUCCACAUAGUAGCAACUGUCGUUCGUUCGCAGGCGUUCACUGUUAUUGACACGCUGAAGUGAUUCCCUGAAAAUCAUUCGACUUCUAAAUCUCAAUCAAGCGUUGUCCUUCGGGAAUUCGACUAUCGAGUAACCGAAACUGGUGCCUGGAUAGCGUUUCAAAUUGUUUCCAACGUGACAGAGUUUGUCUAUUUUUUUUCAAUUCGAAUGCGAAAAUAUAUAUCGUGAUAUUGUUUAUCGUGAGAUUUACGUCCGUGUAGUUAUUCAUCGCAGAACUUCUCAUUUAAGAAAAUCGUUCGUCCCAAUGAAAAAAUUGUGCACCGCUAGCAACUGCGUAGGAAAUUAUGAUUUGCUGAAGAGAACAAGGGAACUUCCACGAAUUUCAUCGAUGAGUGGUACUAAUCGAGAAUUUUGGGUGUAAAAUGAUGCUUUGGCAGGAUUAUAGCUUCUUCAGCUUGGAGGAUUAGAGCCUUGAAUAUGUUGUUCAAGUUUUGUUAAAACAUUUUUUUAAUUUUUAAUUAAUUUAAUAGUAAAACUAUCAUAUCAAGAUGAAGCCUACGGUAAUUGCUAAUCAACGAACCGAUAGUGUUGAUGAACAAUAGUAAGCAACAAUAUCACUCCUUCUAAGCAUUCAAGAUGCCGUCAUCAAGUUCUCUUUUGAAGAUCCAGUCGAGUGUCACUUUCCGCAAAGUAUUAUUUUUACAAAGAUAGUCUAAUAUGUUUUUAUUAGUUUCGUUUGAACUCUGAAGAAGGUGCAAUCCUGGCGAGAUGUUCAAGUAUCUUAUUCAAAGCUCUCUAUAUCCUCGAUUAGUGUCAACUAGGAAGAAACCAGUCGUGAAAGUCUGAAAUAUCUCAAAUUUAACGAAACCGACGCAAAAGUCGAUGUCAGUUAGUUAGCUCAGCGAGUCACGUCAACGGUUUAGUGUCUUUUAACAUGUAAACACAACUUCGCUCGUUAUUGAACGGCCAGCACCAUCGUUACCCUCUUUUUCUUCGCGGACAAAUCAGCGAACAAACGAUUCGUUUUCUCUUCCGUUGAAAUAGUUACACGUGUAAACAACGAACCUUAGACCGUUGUAUGUGUAACAAAAGUAGCAUCGACGACGAUAACCAAUGGUGAUGGCGAUGACAUUGAGAUUAGUUCGAACGGGGGCGACAUGGAUAGUAAUAAAAUGAUAAUUAGCGUAUACAUAUAUUUGUGAAUAGAUAUUUAAUAAUUUAUUGUUAACUAGAGUAUUUUAUUUGAAAGAUUUCAUUAAACGGGGUUUUGGGUA